UUUAGGAUAUACUCGAGCAUACGCGUAGUAAGGAUAAACAUAUAACAAUAAUUUUUCCUUGUCUUAUUUGUCCUCUAAGGACAAUGAAUCAAUUUUGUUACGAUAAUAUAUUCAGCAUUAUUAUUUAGGUUUUUUUUUUUAUAAAUAAAGCGUUAUACUCGACAGCCAAGUUACAAUAGUUACCGACAUGAGGGCGUUGCGAUUUCUUUCGAUGGUAGUGGCAACAUUGCAUGAUGGUAAUUAAUAUAACUGAUUCCUUCUUGAUUUCCAGUCAAAUAAUAAAAUUUUAGAUACAAGUGUUUUAUUAGAAGUUUCUAUGUGAUAAAGAUACAGUGAGACUAUAAUGUCAAAUAAAAUAAUUGAUCUUUGAAAGUGAAAUUUUAUUCAAGAUCCUAAUAUGGCUCGAGUUCGUGAAUUCAAAAGAUCAUUGGAUGCUGUAAAUACUAAUAUAGACUUUAAGGACUUAACCAGAUUUAGCACAGAAGGAAACUUGAUAAAACAAGAGCCAUGUGAUAGAAAUGAUGUGGAUUCAUAUGACACUUGUAUGCCAACCAUUAUAGAAUCUGACGAUAUUAACUCGAUUAAUAUAAUUGAGAAUAAUAUCAGCCCAAAAGAAAAUAUUUGUACUCAGACUGAGAGCCUCUGUAAUAUAAUCACUAAUCAAAUCCAAAAGAAGUCAUCUUCGAUGGAUCAUACGGUAACUGGAAAUAUAAAGUGUAUUCAGGAAAAAAAAGAUAUCCUUGUAAUCGAUGAAAAGGAUGAAAAGAAGAAGGCAUUAAGAAAAAGUAAUGAUAUUAAAAGGUUCAAUAAAAAACAAGAAAGAGAUAUACGAGUAACAAAGGAAAAGAAGAAUGCUAUUUAUUGUGAAAUAUGUUCUUUAUCUUAUGACAAUUUGAAUCAGCUAAAACGUCAUAAAAAUUUUUAUGCCAAACAAAAUAAUUAUUUUUGUUCUAAUUGCCUCUCAAAUUCUUGCUCUCAUAUUGGGUUAAAGAUUGAUGAAAACAUGCAAAAAUUUUCUAAAUAUUGUUGUCAUUUUUGCAAACGAAUGUUUCAAAGGAAAAUAAGUUUACAAAGUCAUUUAUUUCACCUUCAUGGAAAGGAGAUAAGAGUGAAUGUCGAAGACGAUUCAUUUUCAAUAAAUCAUUCAACUGUUUCAUAUUCUGGUACGCCAAAGAAGAAGAAAAUGCGACAGAAGACAAUGGUGGAAUACAUUAUACGUCAUAAUAAAGAAGAUGCAAAGAAAUCAUCUGAAAAUUUAAACAAUUCGAACGUUAAUAACGUUUUAACUAUAAUUAAACAAGAGAAUGAAUGGAUGGAUGUUGAAGCGGGCAAAUCGUCGACGGAUAAAAUAGUUGCCAGUGUACCUCGAACAAGUGAAAAGUCAAAUGAUAAUAGAUUACAAAAGCAGCCAUUUGUUAAAAUACACGUCGAUUCUAACAUGAUGAAAGCUCUUUUAGGAAUUUCUUGUCUAUCUAAUGACGACGACUACCUUGAAAAAUCUUUUCUAUAUAAUAGUAAUCGUAAUAGUAAUAAACAUACUAAUAAUAGUAAUAAUAUUAAUGGUAAGCGUUACGCAUUGCGAUCUUUAAAUAAUUCUAUGGAAGUAAAUAAUAGUGAGCCAUCGACGAUCGUACGUAAAAAUGAUCAAAGCGGUAAUAAAGUAAGAAAACUUUUAAGUAUGUGUAAGAAAUGUACCAUUUCGUUGAUAAGAUGCGAUGAUAAAUUGUCCACAAGAUCGACUUCGAAUUCUUCAAAAUUUGCUACGUCGUCUUCUCAGAUUUUACAACCGGUUAAUCGUAUAUUUCGUAAACGUAGAUUCUCACAACGGAAAAGUAAUAGUAACGAGUCACCUUCCAAAAACACUUUUUCACGAAGUAAUAAUUCUAAAGAUUUUGUUAAAAAUGAUUCUUCCGUAAGAUCUCCGCCUGUAAAAAUUAGAAAACGAAUUACUAAUAGUAAAUCAAGCUCAUCUGUCACGUUAAAUGCGAAGCGUUCUAGCAAAUUUAGGUCGAGACGCAAGAAGCGUUCUGGUCGACGUCGAACGUUACUCAAAAAAGUCAAUCUUGAUCUAAGAAAGAACGAAUCUUUAAAGAAAGGAAAUCUUACGAAUCCCAAAAACUCAUCGCCCCAGAAGGAAUCGUAUUCUUUUAAAGAAAUUGAAAAUAAACAAUCAGCGAAUGCUAUUGUUGAAUUGAAGGAAGUAAAAGUGUCUUUGAUAAAGUUGCCAGAAAUAAAAAAGGAAUUGAUUGUUUCGGGAAUUAAUGAAAAUGCAACGACCAAUGCCAGCGAUAAAACUUUUCCUUGUACAAUUUGUGAUAUGUUAUUGACCACAGAGAGACAUUUGAAGAAACACAUGAAGAAAUGUCAUACGGCGUAUAUGUCAAGCAUAUGCCGAGCACGAUAUGCCUCGAAACGUCUUUUAUUGAAACAUUAUUUACGAGAACACGACAUGUGGGUAUGCAAAUGUUGCGUUUGUUAUCAAUUCUUCAGUAGUCGAUUAUCAUUGAAACAACAUUUGCUUCUACAUUGUAUUAGAAUAACGUUAUCGAAAAACGAUCGUCCUCUUUCGAGUAAAAAUAUGAAAUGUCAUUCCAAUGUAAAAAGAUACAAGUGCAAGAGAACUGCGUUAAAAAUCUUACUGCGGUCACAAUCAACGGAACAUCAAAAGGAUCGAAAGGAAAGAAAAAUGGAACAUCAAGAGAUCGAUGAUAGUAAUCGGAAAAAGCCAAAGGAAUAUUUACACGUAAGUAGCAUUGAGAAUCUGACAAAUCGAGUUAACGAAAGCAAAGAGAAUAAUGUCGUUGUACUUGGAAAGGUAAAUGAUCGGCAACCAGAUCAGGCAGUCUCUGUUGAAUUAACGAAACCAUUCGAAAGUAAUAAUACCGAAGUUUCUCAUUCUAGAAAUAAUGACUCGAUAGAAGAACCAAUACCGGAUACUCCGUCCGUUGCCGGCGAAUCUACCAUUUGUAACGAGGAUCGGCAAAUUGAUCUGAUAUUGCAUACAAAUGUGAUACAACCGGAUGAUAAUUAUAAUAAUGAGAUAACUAAAUCGGGAAUAGAUGGUACAGUGAAUAAGCAGAAAUAUCCAUGUUCGAUUUGUGGGACACAAUUUCAAAAGCCAGAAAAUUUGUUCCAACAUAUACGUACCUAUGAUCACUCCUUCAAUAAUUUCUGUGAAAUAUGUGGAUUAUUCUUUUCAAAGAAAAAAAUAUUGAAGACACACAAUAAUACUACUCACAAUUCUGCCAUCUGUAGUUUAUACACGUUGCAUUGUCAAUUCUGUAAUCAAGGCUUUCGUACUGAAAACAAUCUUCGUAUACACGAAUUGCAUUAUCAUGCAAGUACAAUAACUAUAAACAAUAUAAGAGUGACGGAAUUUUUGAAAGUUUCCAACGGUGGAAUUAAUUCAUCUUUACCAAUGGUCUGCAAUAUUUGCGGACUAUCUUUUAAUACCUUUGAACGUUAUCAGUUACAUUCUAUGUAUUAUUAUAAAGGUCAUAUAUUCCCAUGUACAUUUUGUGGUAAUAUAUUCCACGGAUUGAACAUGGUACAUCGUCAUAACAAACUGUUCCAUUAUCCUAGAAAUAAUUCAACGUCUUACAAAUAUAAAUGUUCGAUUUGUUACGAAGGUUUUGCAAUUGAACCAUAUUUUCAUGCACAUAAGUUGCACGUACAUUCGAAUAAAGAACAUAUAGAAUCGUCGAUUUCAAAUCUCGCAUUGAACUCUAUGCAUUAUAAUAAAAUGAAUAAGUCUUACAUAUGUUCCAAAUGUAAUAUCGAAUUCUACAGCAUAGCGGAACUUAUGAUACACGUUGAAUAUUAUUCCAAUCGUGGCAAUUAUUUGUGCUUGAAAUGUCCCAGAAAAUGUUGUACGUUGUCAAUAUUAAGCGAACACAUUGAUCUAACUCAUAACGAUAAUAAAUUGAUGAUCGGACACAAGUGUGGUAUUUGUGGCGAAAUUUUAAUGUCUGAUAUUUCGUUCUUAUAUCAUCAAAAUCACCUUCAUAGUGACGUGGAAGAGCGACAAGUCGUUUCCUUUUCCUAUAAAUAUUCUAAUACGGACUUAAAUAUUAAUAAUAUCGUUGAUAACGAUAAGUUAAUGAUUGUUGAUAAAGAACCAGUAGUAAUUGUACACGGUCCUACUUCCUCUUUUGUCAGUUUGGAAAAAUGUAAUAUCUCAUGUCCAAUAUGUGCUGUCAAAUUUGAAAAAGAAGUACAUUUAAAGAAACAUUUAGCCGAAUAUUUAGAUUUCGGGGAUUAUCAAUGUAACGAGUGUCAAAGACAUUUCGUUAAUUCUGACCUUUUAAACAAACACAUCGAAAAUCAUUUGGCACCGGGCAUGCCUCUUACGAAAUAUUAUUGUACCGUAUGUAACGAAAAUUGUAAAACUUCUAUCGUUCUCGAAUCUCACGUUGCUCAUUUACAUGCCCGUGUUAUAUUUAAAGAUGUUUCCUCAAAGUCAGUUUAACAUAUGUGUUUUACAAAAUGAUAAUAUAUCAUUUCUAAUAACUCCAAUAAAAUUAAGAACUUAAAUGUGAAUGUUUCAACCAAGAAUUUAUUAUUUUCUCUUAUUUUUAUUAUUAGCAAGAAUUUAUUAUUUUCUUUUAUUUUUAUCGUUUUUCUUCAUUUCCAUGUAAACGUCGUCGCCUUAAAAAUAUUCCUCAUAAUGUAUUUUUACUUAUAUUUAAA